AUAAAAGGUGUUCUGAUUCAAUGGGGAGCCAUUCAGUUUCUAUCAGCCGAACCAAAACCAUUCAAAAUGUUCAAAUACGUUGUUCUCCCAAUCUUUUUCGCUUGCGUUAGCGCAGGGUAUUUAGGCGGUCAUGUUGCCCCAAUUGCUUAUUCAGCCCCGAUUGUUUCAGCCCCCGUUGUUGCUGCACCCGUUGUUAAAGCUGCACUUCCUGUAGCUACUUCGUAUCAAAACACUUAUAAGAUUUCUAGUGGAGCUGUUGCUUACGCUGCUCCUGUGGUGAAAGCAGCACCUGUUGUUGCAGCUCCGGUUGCUUACGCCCAUCCCGUUGCCCCAAUUGUAAAAUCUUACGUAUCAGCCCCUUUGGUGGCGGCGCCAGCUUAUGCUAGUUACGCAGCCCCCGCACAUCCUUGGUAAAAAACCAAAUCAACCCCAACAUAUUUAUUUAAAAAAAAUUUUAACCACAUAAAUAUGGAUACGAAAACUUGAACUUUCAACGAAAGAUAGCGCUUUGUAAAUACUUUUUUAAAUAAUUUUUUUAAAUACAGCGAUUUCAAAUAUACCUA